AUUUUCGUGAUUGGUGGCACGGAGACGUUAAAACAGGCAAGCUUUUAUAACUUAUAGGUAAACACAGAAUAUUCGAACAAAGACGGUAUAUACAACAAAGAAUAAACGAAAUCGCCAAUUCUUUUUGAAAAUCGGGAUUAUGUAUUUCAAACGAUUGUCAAGAUGAACAAAAAACAAUAUUAAAAUUUGACAGGAAGUAAAUAAACUUUUAAAUUUUCAUCAAAAAGAACGAGAAAAGAUAUUUUCACAUGCAAAGAUUAAAAUAGAACUAUGUGACUCGUUAUAACUUGAUUUAACUUGAAUACAAAUAGCGUAUGCACAACUCGGAUAAAAAGAAAGUGAAGACGGAAGAAAUAUUUAACCUUUUAUUGUUUUCGUAAGUCGGUACGGAAGUACUUAUUCAUAACGGUAUACAUUAACACAAUGUGCCGAAACCGUUAGAAACAGAUGCGAAAAAAAGUUUACUUAUGAUUCACAAGAAAUAAAAAAAACACAAGACAGCAAGCAGUAUUGUACAAUUAAUUUUAAAAACUUGUUUUAACACGCGAAUAAAAUUCUUAUCGCGUUUUACUUGUUGGAUAUCUUUCCUACUGAGAAAAUCACGUGAAGAGAGGUUGAUCAAGUUUCAUUCCGCCAAACAAAAUAAAUUUUCGUAUAAAGUGUUCACGAAUUUAUUUCAUGGGUUUGAAAGAAAAGGAGAAGAUGCAGUUCGAUGACCACUAUGAUGUUUCUAUAUUCCUCAAUAAGGGUCACUUUGGUGACGUCUAUCGAUGCUUUGAAAAAUCAACUGGAAACGAGUUUGCUGUGAAAAUUAUCACAUUCCGAACCAACGCAGACGGGAACCGGAUACAUUCCUCCCGUGAAGGUGCAAUAUGGAGACGGUUAAAGCAUCGAAAUAUAGUUGAAUUAAUCCGAAUUUUUCGGACUCCGACGGAACAUUACUUAGUAAUGGAGCAUGUGAAGGACGGAAAUUUGUUUGAUCAAGUUGUCAACUUCACAACAUACACAGAACGCGAUGCUUGUCACUUUAUGAGACAACUACUAGAAACUCUAGUAUACCUUCGAGAGAAACGGGUUAUACAUCGGGAUAUAAGAACUGAUAAUUUACUAAUUAAACAAAACCGUUGCGGGGAAAUAUUGAAAUUAUCGGAUUUCGGGUUAGCUAUGCGUUUAGAGAAAGGCAAAAAAUUUGUGAAAGUUGAAGCUAAUGGUGCCCCGCUACAUUUAGCACCAGAAACAAUUUUAGAGAAACCGGUAAACUAUGCGGUUGAUGCUUGGUCAGCCGGAGUAAUCCUGUUCACUUUGUUAGGUGGUUAUCCGCCAUUUUGGAAUGAAAAACUUGAAACUCUGUAUGCUGACAUCAUAACAAGAGAUGUACGAAUGUCUUCGCCGUAUUGGGAUAACGUAUCCCAUCAUGCAAAGGAGCUUAUUCUGGGAUUACUGGACAAAAACCCGAUAACCCGAAUCACCGCCGAAACCGCUUUAAAUCAUCCCUGGAUCGACAUUCAUACAGAAAUUCCAAAAAUGCACCGGAGGAAAACAGUCGAGAAGUUAAAAGAAUUUAACGCGCGCAGAAAACUUCGUGGAGCUAUUUUUACCGUACAGACAAUAUACCGAAUGCAAUCUCCAAAACGAUCCAGUUAUGAUGGAACAAAAAAUCGAAAAGUAAGCGUUGGAACUCGUUUAUUCAAAAUAACUGAACAAGAGAGACGUUCUUCUGUAGCCGUGACCAUAGAUAAAGACAUGCCGAGCAGGAGAAAAGUAUCAGAAGUGAACGUUCUGCUGCAAAGAAAAAACGAUUUUCCUGGAUUGAGAGGGAUUCACAUUUAAAGAAUUCAUGCAGGAUGGAUUGAGGUUGUACUGUAAUGAUUGUCCAUCAAUAAACCUUAGAAGACAGGCUGGUUUUUAAGAAACCCUUUCUUUCUGUUAACACAUAAUCAGCUUCUCAAAGGUUUAGCUGCGAUUGGUAGCUGAGAACAAGACCUAGGCAUAGUUUAUGUUUUGUAUUUUUAGGUAGUCCAAUUCAUCUUCUUUCUAAAAACGCGCGCCACCUUUUAUAACAACUUAGUGCUCAGGACUUAUGGUGGUGGGCAUGUUGCCGGAUUUUGACCGGUUAUUUGUGGAACCUGGCCUUUAAGUGUUGAAAUAAGAUCGAA